AUGCAAGCCUAUAUCCCCGAAUCUACUUAUAACGAUAUUUUGAAAGAGACUUACGAUGCCAGCUAUAAGCCUGAAUACAAUGGUGUUAAGUUUGAUCCUGAUGUUCAUUUACAAUACUAUGCUGAUGAAAUAGCUAAACAUAAAUUCGAAAAUACUAGAAGAUUAACCAUGGAAGAAUUAGGUAUUAGCUCCAAAAAUUCUAUCAGUAGAAUCGGAGUUAGUGAUCCUUUCCCAUUAUUUACCCCUGAAGCCGUUGCUAUAAUGAAACAAGAAGCCUUAGAGAAAGAAACUUUUUUGAAAUAUGCAAGAUUUAAUCAAUUCUCCAAAUCUGGUAAAGAUUGUCUCUUAAGAGGAUUUGUUAAAGUCGGAAAGGAAAUUAUCUGUCCUUUCACUUAUGAGGCUUGGACUCAUGUCAAGACCCAAGAAUUAAUCAACGCCAUUGCUGGGGUUGAUUUAGAUGUUAUUAUGGAUUAUGAAAUUGCUCACACUAAUAUAAGUAUGAAAAGUAAAGAAGAUGCGGCAAAGGAGUUAAAAGAAUAUGAUGCUUCCAAAGGAGACAUUGUCCAAGAUGAUUUCGUUGUUGGAUGGCAUAGAGACUCUUAUCCAAUGGUUUGUGUUUUGAUGUUAAGUGACACUACCAAAAUGAUUGGUGGAUCUACAAGUUUGAAGACAGGUAAUGGAGUUAUCUCAGUUCCUGGUCCUACUUUAGGUUCAGCAUGUAUCUUACAAGGAGGUUUAAUUGAACAUAUUGCUCCUAAUCCUAAAGGAGUAAGUGAAAGAAUCACAAUGGUCACAAGUUAUAAGAAAAAGGGUAAUCAAUUCGAUACCUCUCUGUUAAGUACCGUUAAACCAGAAUCAAGUCCAGGUUCUGUGGUUGAUGAGUUCUAUGCUGACUGGUGUGGCUAUAGAAAUCAAAUGAUCAUUAAUAACUUACAAGGCAUUGCUGAUGAUAUCAGAGAAAAUCUGUUCAAUAGCGAUGCCAUCAAAGCUAAGUAUAUGGAAAUCCAACAAUAUUUGGUCGAUACCUAUGCCAAGAUGGGAUUUAAUGAAGAAGAUAUUGAAAAAAUGAGGGAACAGUAUACUAAGAAAUACUAA